AUGGUGUCGGGCGGGUGCGUGGGGGCGGAGGGGGAGGUGGACCCUGAGGCGGUGGCGCCGGCGGCGGCCGCGGAGGAGGCGGUGGUGCCGGCGCCCGCGAGGGAGGUCGUGGUGGGGUACGCGCUCACGUCUAAGAAGGCCAAGAGCUUCCUCCAACCCAAGCUCCGGGGGCUCGCCAGGAAAAAGGGAAUCUUAUUUGUCGCUAUUGAUCAGAAACGUCCAUUGUCUGAUCAAGGUCCAUUUGACAUUGUUCUUCAUAAGUUGACUGGAAAGGGGUGGCAGCAAUUGUUGGAGGAAUAUAGGGAGGCACACCCAGAAGUUACUGUUCUUGAUCCACCUGGCGCAAUAGCAAACUUGCUUGAUCGUCAAUCUAUGCUUCAAGAAGUAUCUGAAUUGGACCUCACAGAUUGUCAUGGUAAAGUACGUGUGCCUAAGCAGCUAUUCGUUAAUACUGAUCCCUCAUCAAUACCAGCUGCAGUUAGGAGGGCGGGGCUCUCUCUCCCAUUGGUGGCAAAACCCUUGGUGGCGAAGUCCCAUGAGCUAUCCCUUGCUUAUGAUCCAACUUCACUAACCAAACUUGAGCCCCCCUUGGUUCUUCAGGAAUUUGUUAACCAUGGUGGCGUCAUGUUUAAGGUGUACAUUGUUGGGGAUGCAAUAAGGGUUGUACGUCGGUUUUCACUUCCAAAUGUUGACGAAGGUGAUCUAUCGAAUAAUGCUGGGGUAUUUCGGUUUCCAAGGGUCUCUUGUGCUGCAGCCAGUGCAGAUGAUGCAGAUCUUGAUCCUGGUGUUGCUGAACUUCCUCCGAGACCAUUGCUUGAGAUCUUGGCACGAGAGCUGCGCCGACGACUGGGUCUUAGAUUAUUCAACAUUGAUAUGAUUAGGCAGCACGGGACAAGAGAUCGGUUUUAUGUCAUAGACAUGAACUACUUUCCUGGGUACGGCAAAAUGCCUGGGUACGAGCACGUGUUCACCGACUUCCUGCUGAGCCUUGCCCAGAAAGGGCACAAGAGGCGAUCAAGCUAUGGCUCACUAAGCUCAGGUGAAGGGUGA